AUGAAUGGGAGGCCGAAUGGGCGUGGUCAGACGUGGCAGUGACGUCACGUCGCACGUCUCCAGUUCAGGGAAAUCUGGCGCCGCGCCCUGUCUUCAGAACUUUUCAAUCAUUCGCAGUAUCGGAAGAGGAGCAUUCGGAAAAGUGUGCAUUGUGCAGGAGAGAAAGACCAAAAAGUAUUUCGCUCUCAAAUAUAUGAACAAGCGACGGUGCAUCGAGAAGGUACCGUAAUCCCGGCUUUCUGUUUUCCGUUUUCAAUCACGACGUAAGCUUUUUCAGGGAGUUGCCGCCAAUGUAAUCCGUGAGCUCACACUUCUCAGCAAGAUUUCCCAUCCGUUUAUAGUCAAUCUCUGGUAUACAUUCCAGGUAUUUCGCUCCCAAAUCUCUCCUUUCUCAUCCAAUCUUUUCAGGACCCCGAUUACAUGUACAUGGUGUCCGACUUGCUUCUCGGGGGCGAUCUCAGAUACCAUUUGAGCCAGCAGGGAAAGUUCGCAGAGGAUCGGUAAUAUCGCCCUUCUGCACACUCUUCUGACCUCUUCCUUCAGAGCCAAAUUGUAUUUGUGCGAGAUUUGUCUGGCCGUCGAAUACCUGCACGAGAUGAAAAUAGUUCAUCGUGACAUCAAACCGGAAAACAUUCUGCUCGAUGAGCAGGGCCACGCCCAUCUCACCGAUCUGAAUCUGGCGACGCAAUUGGAGCAUGACGAACUGGCGACUUCGUACUCGGGCACACGGCCGUAUAUGGCUCCGGAGGUAUAUGCGACGUACUUGGGAAUGGAGGACGGAUACGAUAGUCGGGUGGACUGGUGGGCUCUCGGAGUUUGCUUCUACGAGAUGCUCCGAGGACGGACUCCGUUCGAGUUCAGCUCUAGGACGAAGCCAGAGGAGGUGAGGGCGAGCAACGACUAUGGUAGAUUAAAGGGACAUUGCAGGCGUACGUGGCAUUCCGUGAAUCAUCGAUACCGUAUCCCUCUCAUUGGCCGACAGAUCUCAUUCAAUUUAUAAACACUAUGCUGAAGUUCGACAAAGAGAAGAGGAUUGCUAGUCUAGAAGGAAUUAAAAAGCACGCGUACACAGAAAGGAUAGACUUCAACAGUGUAUUCCACAGGUGCUCAUGUCUUCAGUGAACUGAACUAAACUGAACUUUUGCAGAAAGCCAGCGCCCGUUUUCAUUCCGUGCAAAGAAGGACUCAACUGUGAUCCGAUGUACGAACUCGAAGAACGGAUUCUCGUCUCCACACCCAUCCAUCGGAGGCGUGCCAACUACAACAACAGCUCGGGCAGGAGCUCCAGUGAGCCACACAACGCGGCUCUCGUCGAAGUGUCGAAGGUACGACGAGAGGGAUUACUGUAGUUUUGGAUGACUGAAAAGUGCUCUCCUUUCAGGCGUUCAUCGAUUUCUCUCGACACAACAUGAAGAACGAGGCGAACGGAGUGUGCAGAUCCGCCUAG